AGGUGGGCGCGAGACGUUAGCAGGUUGUCUCGUGUAACUCGGGAUGCGUCCGUUAGCAUUGUAGCUCAUUUCUCUCGAAUUGCGUCGUGUUUAAUUUCACUCGUGUAAUUUCACUCGUUUUUUUUUUCUCACAGCACAUUUUAUAUAUUGUUUGUUGACGAUGAAGUUUGCUGUGACACCGUGGGGUAAGUUUGUGUGAGUAAAAUCUGACACAAACAUCGUCUCGUCUUUAAACGCCCUCAGCGCCAGUGUUUUAUUCAGCAUGUCGUUGUUCGGUAAAAUCUUCCGUUUCCCGACUGAUAAGAAGAAAGUGAAGCAGUAUGAACACGUCCACAGGAACGUGAACCCGUCUGACGUGUGGGACCUUGUGGGAGAACUGGGAGAUGGAGCUUUCGGUAAAGUUUAUAAGGCCCAGAACAAAGACACGGGCAUCCUGGCAGCUGCCAAAGUGAUCGAGACUAAGAGUGAAGAGGAGCUGGAGGAUUACAUCAUAGAGAUCGACAUCUUGGCUACGUGCAACCAUCAUUACAUCGUCAAACUGCUCGACGCCUUCUACUACGAUCAGAAGCUAUGGAUUAUGAUCGAGUUUUGCCCUGGUGGAGCUGUAGAUGCCAUCAUGCUAGAGUUGGAGCGAGGUUUGACCGAGAAGCAGAUUCAGGUGGUCUGUAAGCAGAUGCUUGAGGCUCUGGUUUACCUGCAUAGUAUGAAAAUCAUCCACCGAGACCUGAAGGCAGGAAACAUCCUGCUCAUGCUGGAUGGAGACAUCAAACUCGCUGAUUUUGGCGUGUCGGCGAAAAACACCAAAACUCUGCAAAGGAGAGACUCUUUCAUCGGGACACCGUACUGGAUGGCUCCUGAGGUGGUGAUGUGUGAGACCGCGAAGGACGCGCCGUACGAUUACAAAGCGGACAUCUGGUCGUUGGGAAUAACGCUGAUCGAGCUGGCUCAGAUCGAACCUCCGCACCAUGAACUCAACCCCAUGAGAGUGUUGCUGAAAAUCGCCAAGUCUGAUCCUCCUACGCUGGAUCAGCCGUCCAAAUGGUCAGACAACUUUAAGGAUUUCCUGAAGCGAGCACUGGAUAAGAAUCCCGAGUCACGUCCACAGGCCUCUCAGCUCCUCGAGCAUCCCUUUGUGAGCUCGGUGAACACAAAUCGGCCCCUAAUGGAGCUGGUGGCUGAGGCUAAAGCUGAAGUGAUGGACGAGCUAGAAGAGGACAGCAAUGAGGAAGGGGACGAGGACGAGAAUCACGAAAUCACAGCUCCUCCAGGAAAAGAUCCUUCAGAGACGAGUCAGACCAGUUUAGAAGGUGACCACACGCCUCUCCCUGAGAGUCCCGUCGACUCAGAGCCCCUGAAACUGGAGAAAAAGCAUUCAGAUGAGGAUCGAGACAAACCUUCCAGCUCUGAUUCUGGGAUUGAGGACGGUAAAAGCACGCCGACGUCCGAGGAAGAAGGAAAAGGGGUGGAGUCUCUGGAAUAUGAGUGUGAGUUGCCAGCUUCACCGCCCCCUGUCCUCAAAACACCACAGCUGGAAGACCAAGAGGGGCAAGAGGGCAAAGCUGAGAAUGAGCACGUAACACCAGAUCUCCCCCUGGUGGUGCGGAGUGAAAGCGUGUGUGAAAAGCGACCACAGGCGGCGGAACAGGAACCAGACGUUCUGCCUCAUGCUAAUGGGGAACAGAACAAAUGCCGCUCAGGGAGUCAGGCGUCAGAGAGUCUCGACAUCAGCCUGUGCUCCAUGGGGCAUAGAGAUAGUGGCUCUGGCAGUGCACAGGAUGCUCGACUUUUCCGACGCACUCUGAAGCGCACCCGUAAGUUUGUAGUGGAAGGUGUGCAGGUGAGCGUCACCACGUCCAAGAUCAUUGGUGAAGAUGAGAAGAAGGAUGAGGAGAUGCGAUUCCUCAGGCGACAGGAGCUGAGAGAGCUGCGUCUGAUCCAAAAGGAGGAACAUCGCACUGUGGCUGCCCUCAAUGCCAAACUGGAGACUCAGAGAGAGCUCAUGCAGAGACGCUUCGACCAGGAGAUGAAUGCCAAGAAGAAGUUCUAUGACACAGAGUUGGAGAACCUGGAGAAGCAGCAGAAACAGAUGAUAGAGAGAAUGGAGCUGGAGAACGCUGUGGGUCUGCGUGAGGAGACCAGACGAAUCCGGCUGGAGCAGGAGAAAGCGCUCCAUCGAUUCCAGGACCAGAUAAAACAACGCAAAAAGGAGGUGAAACAUGAAGUUGAGAAGUUGCCGAGGAACGUGAGGAAGGAGAGUUUAAAAAUCCGCAUGAACGAGUUCCAGAUGACAAAGAUUUCUGAGGAGGAACAGUUUAAAGCAGAACAGAAAAAUUAUCUGGACUCAACAUUAAAUAGCAUCAUCGCUCGUAACAAGAUGGAGAUCGCAGAAACAGAGCGCCAAUGUCUCGAGAAGAAACAGCAACUGAUCAGAGAGAAGGAAGGAGUGAUCUGGGAACUGGAGGAGAAAAACCUGCAUGAGAGAUGGCAGCUCCUCAAACAGCAGCUGAAGGAUCAGUACUUCCUGCAGAGACACCAGCUACUGAAAAAACAUGAGAAGGAACAAGAGCACAUGAACUGUUAUAACCAGCGUAUGAUCGAGCUGCUUAAAGUAGGACAGCAGCAGGAGAAGAACAGACUGCCGAAGAUCCAGCGCAGUGAAGCCAAAACUCGCAUGGCCAUGUUUAAGAAGAGUCUGCGCAUUAAUUCUUCAGGCAGCGGCGCAGAAGACCGCGAGAAGAUCAAACAGUUUUCCAGGCAGGAGGAGAAGCGGCAGAAGGUGGAGCGGCUCCAUCAGCAACAAAAACAUGAGAACCAAAUGAGAGAUAUGAUCGGGCAGUGUGACAGCAACCUCCGAGAACUCCAGCAACUACAGAACGAGAAAUGUCACCUGUUGGUGGAAAACGAGACUCACAGGCUGAAAGCACUGGACGAGCAUCACAACCAUCUGCUGAAGGAAUGGAGAGCGCAGCUGCAACCCCGCAAAAAGGCUCUGGAGGACGAGCUGAACCAGAAGAAGCGUGAGCAGGAGAACUUCUUCCGGAUGAGCGAGGACUCUGAGUGUGUGAACCCCAGCUCUCCAAACAGAUACACCAAAUUCCUGCCGUAUACAGACUCGUCCACCACUUAGGACUCGUACCACAAUCUACCGGUCACGAUCAUGGUGUUCCUCUGGUCCAGGUAGAUCAUUUGCUCGUACAGGAGUCACAUAAUGUAUGUGGUAUAAAAAAAUAAUUUGUUUUAUUUUUAUUUAUUAAAUAAUAUAGAAUAAAGAGUGACGGAUCCACGAUGGGUCUUAAAACCUACAACAAAUAUGAAGAAUCAGAGAUAUAAACAUAUAUUUUAUAAGUCUUAAGUAUUUUUUUUUCUGAGCUGGUGGAAAUAAAUACAUUUAAAAGUACAAACCCAUAAUAAAGCCACUUUACUGUAGGUUCACACCAAAGCCAGUAAUCAGGAUUUAUUAUUAUUAUUAUUAUUAUUAUUAUUACAACUGCUUUUUCUGGUCAGUGUGAUUAUUUUAUCAGCUUAUAUUCAAAUCAUCACUUUUAUAACAAACAUUCUGGAAAUAUUUCGUGUUGCCAAAUACGACAGAAGGAAGGUUUUAAAGUGGGUUUCUUUUCUGUUCCCUUUCAAAAUGUUUUCUGUUGUUUAUAUAAAUCUAAAUCACAAAUAUUCAUGAGUUCUUUAGGUUCUGUUUGUAUGUUGAAUAAACGUUUAGUUUGUCUGAAGUUUUAGGUUUCAUCGAGGAAGAAAAUCGGUCAUUUGUCUUGUAUUUGUUUGUUUUUGAUUUACUGUAAAGCACGACACUGGAUAUAAACUGACAAAAGGAGAAAAAAAAAUAACAUGCACAAAAUAUUAACAAGGAAAUAUUAACAAAAUUUAUAUCUAACAAAAAAAUUAAAUAUGUAGAUGUUUGUUGGAAUGUUGAUGUUCCUCUUUUGGAUCGUUGUCUGGAGGAAAACCUUCAAGGGCAAAAAAUGUUCUAUGUCUCUAAUAUUAUUAAUCUGUAUUGAGGUCUAAAAAUUGUUAAAUAUUUACUCUAAAUGUUACAUUACAAAAAAAUUAAAAUUAUUUUGGGGCUCAGAUGUAAUGAUUAUUCUCUAAUAUUCUAUAAUAACAAUUUAUUUUAAAUAAUGGAAAAAAAAAUUACUUUUUUGGAGGUUUUUUAUCUAACAGCAAUAUAAAAACAUUUAUUAUUAUUAUUUUGUUUACUGACACUUUAUGCACUGACACUUCAAGUUCAAAAUAUUCUCCUGAUGCAAAAUUCUUUACCAACUGUUGAUUUAUUCCUUUAAUUAUUGUUCUAUGACGCAGAUAAUCAGCUAGAGAGAAGAUUUAAGUGAACUUUACAACCCCAAAAGUUUAUGUUGUGAAAACGAUCCGACUGACUGCACUGUUGUUUCUUCUUCUUCUGUUGUGGGAAUUAUUUUUUAUUUUAACUAAAGGGUUUAAAGGGCUCCUGUGUGUGAAAGGAACCGUCGAUGUACAGCAAUCUAAUAAAGUCCACUUUAUUAUUUA